AUGCCGCCCACCCAGUUCAACCAACGGCCUCUUCCUUCAACGCUCAUCAAGUCGAGGCGCACUGUGUACAUGGAGGCUGGAGAUCUGAUGCUUGCCGAGCCGGGCCUGUCGCUGGACUCUGCACCUGGAGUCGCUCGCCACCUGCUCGAGUCGCACACAAGGCCCGAGAACAAGAAAGCGACCUCGUUGGCGGGCGAAAUGAGCAUGCUCUCGCAAGAUGUCGGCAGAGCGAGCAAGGGCCGUUUACAUUCGUCGACGGCCAACAGGCUGACAAGCGUGCCGCUUGAGCCACAGCACCACUUUGCUGUGGAAGCACGCACCCCUGAUUGUGCCAGCAACAGAGCACCCCCUCCAACCAUGUUUGAGAUGCGGUCCAGGGGCAACAUCCAUGUGGGCCGCGCCGCGAUUGGCUGCGCGCUUGAUUGGGUGCCAACCCGCAGGAUGCCGGUCCUGUGCCUCCCUCUCCAGACACCUUUCGCCAACCAAUGUCAUCACGGCCACUUCCCCUGAUACCCUGAUACGGAUGGCCUGGCCACACACUGGGUACGAUGGGUGCUUUUCUCCUCGUCCUCUCCGUUCGAUCUUGUGCAGCGCCCGUUCCACGGAUCAUGCUGGCGACAGGCCGGCGAGGUGCGCACGGGGCGGUCAAACCAUGCGCUGGUGACACUUCCGACUGGAAUCCAAUCGAGUCCAGCCGCCGGCAUUUAGGGGAUGUGCUGCUGGCCACUCGGCCAGGUCCAACACGAUGGGGGGUGGCGACGGCGGCUGGAAGCGACUACACCGUAGGCUAGAGUCCGCGCGCGCCAGCGCUGCAUGUUAACACAACUUUCCCCUGACUUGUCCUAG